GACAGCGGGGCCGCAGCGCCGCAUCUUUGUUCGGGCAACUCGCCCCUUUUGGAGGAGCCGCACGGGGGAAGUCUUUGUGCGCGCCCUUCCCCCCAGGCCAGGCGGGGGACAAUGUCUCAGCCCCGAGGCAAGAAGAGAAACCCUGGGCUGAAAAUUCCUAAAGAAGCAUUUGAGCAACCACAGACAAGCUCCACGCCACCCAGAGAUCUAGACUCCAAAGCCUGCAUCUCUAUUGGCGAGGAGAACUUUGAGGUGAAGGCCGAUGACCUGGAGCCCAUCUCCGAGCUGGGACGAGGUGCGUACGGGGUGGUGGAGAAGAUGCGGCACAUGCCCAGCGGGCAGAUCAUGGCAGUGAAGCGGAUCCGAGCCACGGUGAACAGCCAGGAGCAGAAGAGGUUGUUGAUGGACCUGGAUAUCUCCAUGAGGACGGUGGAUUGUCCCUUCACUGUCACCUUUUACGGGGCACUUUUCCGAGAGGGAGACGUGUGGAUUUGCAUGGAGCUGAUGGAUACCUCACUGGACAAAUUCUACAAACAUGUCAUUGACAAAGGCCUGACAAUUCCCGAGGACAUCCUGGGGAAAAUCGCCGUCUCUAUUGUAAAAGCACUAGAACAUCUCCACAGUAAGCUCUCCGUGAUCCACCGAGAUGUAAAGCCCUCUAACGUGUUGAUCAAUACGCAGGGGCAGGUGAAAAUGUGCGAUUUCGGCAUUAGCGGUUACCUCGUCGACUCGGUUGCUAAAACCAUGGAUGCAGGAUGCAAACCCUACAUGGCUCCUGAGAGAAUCAACCCGGAGCUGAACCAGAAGGGGUACAGCGUCAAAUCCGACAUCUGGAGCCUGGGCAUCACCAUGAUCGAGCUGGCCAUCCUGCGCUUUCCCUACGACUCCUGGGGGACGCCCUUCCAGCAGCUCAAGCAGGUGGUGGAGGAGCCGUCGCCGCAGCUCCCAGCGGAGAAGUUCUCAGCGGAGUUCGUCGAUUUUACCUCGCAAUGCUUGAAGAAGAAUUCCAAAGAACGGCCAACAUACCCAGAGCUUAUGCAACAUCCUUUCUUCACCCUGCACGAAUCCAAAGAGACAGACGUCGCCUCUUUUGUCAAGCUCAUCCUGGGAGACUGAGAACUGGACUUGUAAAUGAAUUGCCCUUCUGUGGACUGGUGGGUGCAGGGGAGGGGCGCGUGGCAGGACUUGUCAUGGAAGCACCAACAGAAAGUCGCCGUGUUUUUGUUUUGUUUUGUUUUUUUAUUCUGAGAAACCCCCACCUCGCCGAAGUUUUUUAAAGGGUUCUUUGGUAUCCAUAGUGACAUAGAACGAGCUGGUUAGUGAAAUGAAUUUUAAUAAGGUUGGUAACCUUAAAACAAAAACAAAACAACAAAAAAAAAAAGAAUUUAAAAGAGUGAUUUACAUAUUUAAUGACAGUCGAAGUCCCUCUUCCUAACUUGCUCCUCAUCCCCCUUCCCUUCCCCGUGAACCAGAAUUUGCUUUGUCAUGGUAAUAGGUGCUAUGGUAGUCAUGAAGUUGUAUGUAGAUUUAUAUUUUGUCCCUUCCAUUAUUUUAAUAUUUAUGUUAAGUGCUUGAUGGAAUAGAUUUCUGUUUUAUAUGAGGAUGAGUGCGUGGUGACGAUGAUGAUGCUAAAUGAGGCCACAGCAAGCAGCAGUCGUAGGGCUUCGCUGGGGGAAAAGGUGUCAGAGGAAAAGAGGAAGAAGAGGAGAAGUGUCUCUGUUGUGCAAAAUAUUUAAUGUGCAUCGUAAAAGGAAUUUAUAAGCAAGACUUGCAGCUGCUCGAGCUGCUCUCACAGAGUGUGAGGUAUAAGAAAGGGAGGUCCCGGGGCCCCUUCUCUGGACACCGCGCUCCGAGCCCAGCCUGGGGGGCACUGCCAGCCCCCAGCUGGGACAGCCCCUGCCCCAUGUCCCAGGGCCUCACAGUGGGCAGGUUAUGGGGUCUGGAGUGGGAAUCGCUGGGAUGGUGUCUGGGACAAAAGCCCCAGAGGGAAGGAGGUUGUCAGAUGAGUUGCACAAAGGUGAGGAGGGGGCUGCGUGGUCAGUGCCCGCCUGCCCGCGGGCCCAGCAGCGUUGCAGUGCCCGAGGCUCCCUUGGGCUGGGGAUGAGCUGCUUUGGGCCUAAAAGGGAGUUCCUCUCUCCUUCUCCAGAUGGGACAGGAUCACAGGAUGCAUGGCAUGACGCCUGUGAAAAAUGGGAUACUUUAGAGUUGGUUUCUAGGGCCCUUGGCACUGUGUGGGCAGCAAUCCCUCCGUGCUUGCCCACACUUUGGGAGUGCUGGUGCUCCCCAGGAGCCCGUGCUGGCACGUGGUUUGGGCUGUGUCCAGCUCUGGCUGGGAUGCUGAAGGCAGCAGGAGCACUGGGCUCUGGCAUGGGCUGCAGGUGUGUCCUGUGGGAGCUGCAGCCUGGAAACCAUGCAGGGACACCACAGCCCACCCCUACCAGGGCCUCGUUGCUGUUGGAGAAAAGCUGCCAACCAAGGGCAGGAGAACAGGGGCUGUCGGGGUGGGAAGGGAGACACAGAUCACUCAGCCUUUGGGUCACACAGUUACUGUCCAGAGAGGGGGGGACUGUGCACUGUGAGGUGUUGUGGGGCUGGAGCGAGGCUGCUCCAGCUUAACGCUGUUGGACUGAGCCACACCCGCCCAGCUGCCUCCCCUGGCCAGGAGGGCCUUGGCCUCCUUCUCCCAGCCCUGUGAAGGGCACUGCCUGUGCCUCCUGCCCCUCCACAUGCUUCCCAUCCCCAUCCAUCGCUUUGGCACAGCCUGUCAGAGUCAAACCCCAGCUAGAAACUAGCCUUGCUCUGCAGUAUUCGUUGUGCAGGAGGUGACUCAGCCUGAGGUCCAGCUCUUGCUCUCCUGGUUUAGCAGCUCCAGACUCCGCUGGUGCGGGCUGGGCUUCCGGAACAGUCUGAGCGUAUUUUGGGAAGCGGUCCCUUGGAAGGGCUGAUGGGGAGAGCAGAAUUUUAAGAGCAGGGGUUCCCCAACGGUGGCACCUCUGGUGCUGGGGACACGCCAACGCUUUGGAAGGCGCACACAGACACCGCCAGUGCCUGGGCUGCCACUGCCACCGGCACGGCCGUGGCUGGCACUGCCCACGGGGGUGGCUGUGAACCCGAAAACGGGGCAGCUCCGCACGGGAAGAGAUAGGAGAGCUUUGCUCACGGGGGUUUAUCAACCCUUGUGCCCCUCAGGGGGGGCUCUAAGAGGGCUUGCAGGGAUUGGGGUGCAGCUCACAGGUCGUGCAGACUUUGGGGGAGGAGGUUCCCCUCCCUCGGUCACGCCGAGCUCCACAUCCCGCUCCGUGCCGAGGGGAACCUUUCAGGUUGUGUUUUGUGGCGGGUGAAACACGAGGAUGUUUUACUUCACAGUGUAAUUUUAAGAGGCCUCGCAUGGCUCGUAAUCUGCCCUCUCAUAUUCCAUGGUGUGUCUGUGUGUGUGUUUUCUCUCUCUCACUUUCUCAGAGUCGCAGAGCUGUUUUGAUUGAUUGUCCUCAGCUGCAGCUAAAAGUCCAGCCAGCCAGUUUAUAGACGUGGUUCCAGCAUCAAUUCUCGCUUUGAAAAACAUGACAUUUAAAACCACCCUUUGGUUUUCCUACAUAUGGAUCUGAUGCUUUUGUUAAAGAUUGUUUUUGCCGCUUUUCUCCUGGAAUAUAAGUCUCAUUUGGACACCGCAUCUCCUUGACCUCAGAGCACCUUUAUUUCAGUGCCAUUGUAAUUGACAGGUUGAAUUUAUGAGAUACUGUCAAAGUUCAGUAUUAAUAGCAGAUAUUAAUGUCACCAGCGUUUUCCAAUAGAAAAUUAAUGUCAGUGUUGUCUGCAGCUAGUAACCCUCUAAAAGGAUUCCUACAUGCCUCCACACUGCAUGCUGAGUGCUUGCUUUUAUGCUUUUUGCUCUUACAGUGCUUGGGCCCUCUAAUCCCUUUGUUUUAAUGACAUUUCAAUAGGGCAGGCAACAAAUCACUUCCCUUCCCUGCUCAUUCUCCAUGACUUUGUUCCUUUAAAAGUCGUUUGCGUCAGCCCAGAGUAAGUGUGGAUCCGUGUGAGGAUGAAAACAGUGAUCUGAGGGAUCACCACUGUGGAGGGGAGAAUGCAGAGGCUGUUGGUCUGUCCAUGCAUCCCUCGUGGCAUGUGUGGACACAAAGCUUGGCCUGACCCAGGCAUUUCUUAGAGAGAAGCCUGAGCUGGUGGCCUUGGCUCAGGGAGGAGAGCCAGAGACUCCUGUGUGCUUAAAAGCUCUGCAAAAACACUGGGCUGCAGGAUGAAAGUCAGACUCUUCUCUCUUUGAGUUGAUUGUAACUUCUGUGGAGAUGAAAAGCCUUUGGUCACUGCCCAGAUCUUUGCUUGGCUGUAACACAAGCACAGCUUUGCCUUGGACAGAUAUGGUUGCUGGGACAUUAAGCCUGUCCCAAGCCCUGAACAGCCAAGGUGUUGAGGCUUAAAGCUGUUCUUCAGAAAGCUCUUUUGUGUUCACACAGCACAGGACUGUGGGCAGCCUGUUGGAGUGCCCUGAACUGGGAUUUUUAAAGACACGGGUCUCAUGCCAUAAACCUGAAAGAACCCAAACUCCACCAGGGAGCAGGGAGGGGAGCAAAGUUGCUGGAGCUCAGCACUGAGCUGUGACUUGGACCAGCCGUGGAUGGAUUCCAGCACAGGGAGCCUUUUGCAGGGCAGGGAGGGUCUCUCUGCUCUGCCACAGGUUAUUGGGCUGCAGGAAAUAGGCACAGCCCAUCCCUGGGUAUCCCUGGGCAUGAUAUUCAUCCUCUUCUUUCCCCCCCACCUUACAGCUCUUGAUGUUCCUGCAAUCUCCUGAAUGUUUGAGGCCUUGCCAUCGCUACAGCUCUGAAGUGUCACUGGCAGGAAAGCUGUUUUCUGGGUCUCCAAGAGCCCACUGGCCCCUUAAAUCUGAAAGAGGGCAUUUUCUGGUUACUGUUUUUAAACACCAGGUACAUGCUGCUGCAGUGGGUGCAAUGCCCGUCUCUUCUGGAGUUUUUUCCAGGUGUACAAACCCUUACACAGAUAUCUCUGUACUGUAUUUCUGUGUUUUCCCUGGCUUGUGUCAGGUUUACUGGUGAGGAAGGAGGCAGCUCUGACUUGUUGAAGAGGUGGAACACCAUUUCUGGAGGCAGGUGGCCUCCCCUGUGUGAUGGAGGAGGCAGUUGAUGGGUCACUACUCAGAAAAAGCUCUCAAGAAAGAUUUGCAGUUGAUCUCCCUGUCGAUCAGCACGUGCUGUCGGGUCAGUGCUGCUGCUCCUUGGUGGGAAGGGGCUGCCAGCCCCUUUGCCCAGGCAGGGAGCAGUGCCUGGUGCUGAGGGCAGACCCCAGCAUGCACAGCCUUAGCUGGGAUUUCUCCAUGCUUGCUACAAGCCAAGUGUGUACCUGCACAUUUCCCUUCUUCCCUGGACAUUCUGGAAGAGGAAAUCCCGCUCGGCCAACAGAGCAUUGCUUUAGUGGCUGGUCUGAUGUAGUUCAGACAAGGUUCCCACCAGCUCCCUUGUUUAAUAGACCUCUUUUUUUAUUAAAAACAACCCCCAAACUCCUCUCUCAGAAAAGCCAGCCAAGAUGCUCUUUUUUUUUUUUUUUUUCUCUCUUCCAUCUUGUUCCUCUUAGAGGAACUCUGGGAGCCCGUCUUGGUGCUUUCACUCUUCCACAUGCCAAAGAUUGCUACAUCCCUCUUAGUUACUCUCCUGCCAAACCAGAUCUUAUAGUCUUGCCUCAAAAAUCAUGCACUUCCCUGCUCCUUGGGGUUCCUUUUGUUGCUGUUGCUUUUGCAUUGAAUUUCCUCAUGUUUAUUGACAUGUCUAUUGUUGAGCUUCCUGGACACAUGCAGCUCUCUUUUUCGGAUACAGGGAAAGACAAAUAGUUGCCUUCACUGCUCUGCCCCUGCUGUUGGGGAAAUACUGUUAGUGAUAUGAUUCCUACAGAUGGGAUGGGUCUCAUUUAGAGCUCGGAGGGUGUAAACUGGCAUUGCUCCAUUGGCUUGGCUGGACUAAGGCCAGUUUUGUCCAGCUGAGAAUCUGUCCUUAAUGUCUAAACAGUUAUUACACACUAAUAAAGAUUAAUGAUUGUAAAUCCCCACGGAUUAUACAUAAAAUGGCAAGUUUUACUCAUUAAUCUUUAUUGCCAUGUUAUGGCUGUUUAUGUUAGAGGAGUCGCCUCUCUCUGCUCUGAACAUGCACUGAGGAGGUGGGGGGUGAGCAUGGGGGAGAUGGAGGGUGGACAGAGCAGACCAGAUGUCCACAUGUUUUACAGUCUGUGUCCUCCCUCCAGGUUCCUUGUUUCCUUGAAAGCCGUUAACCAGCAGCAAAGGAUGUAUCCCAGAGCUUUGUCUGCCUUGCUGGCCUCUGCCUGGGCUAUAAAAUCCAGAUUGUUUCUGGUGAGAAGGGAUCAGAUCUCCUAAUUAAUAUUUCAGCUCAGCCUUUACUGGAGCAGAUGGAGAAUAUGAAAUUUGACGUGUGCUCUGGCAGUGCUGGGAGAUUCUCUCUCCCGGACCGUGGCUGGAGGAGAUGCUUUCUGGGCAGUGACAGGUUGAAAGGACACUGCUCCUUCACAUAACCCCACACCAUGGAAACAGUGGAUUUUGUUAGUAAACAGGGCCAGAAAAAGCUCAUUGAAUCUCAGUUUUUAGGUGUUUGCAGAUGCAUAUAGACACAGCCAGGAGCUGGUGGUGCCAGUCUGGACACAAAGGCCCAUGUGCUGUAUAAAUGACAGGGAGUCUAAAAGAGUGCAGUAAAUUUAGUGAUGGAUUUAAUGGCAUAGGGACAAAAUGAGUCCUCUGAUAGGCAGCUGUGCCAAUUCACCCUGCCAGGGGAAAGUCAGGAGCAAAAAGAGAGGACAGGACACAGCCACAGAUUCCAUCGAGUGCACAGCCUGCUGAGAGCAGCCCUUCUCUCCCCAUGUACUCCUUCAGGCUCAGAUCUGGGGGCAGUGAGUUUGCUCACAAGUCCCAGGUUGUCACUUCAUCCCCAACUCCAGCAAGGGAAGUGAAACCUAAAACACAAAAAGAAACCCACAGGGAAAAAACCCACAAGUGAACCAAGACAUGUUGCUGCUGCGUGGCCUCGUGCGUCGCUGCUUCCCCUGCUGAGCUCCCACUUAAACCAUGGAAAAAGCACAGGAGAGGCCUCUGGAGCUGAGAGAGAAAUGGCUAAACAUUUUAAGGUGGUCUCUGACAAGCCUAAUGCUGGAAAUAUCUAAUUUCCAGGCCACCAGGACGAGUGAAUCCUUGAGGGGCCUGCGCAGCCGGCAGUGCCGUUCCAGCGGGAGCACUUGGGACUGCAGGAUGUUUAUGACGUGGCCUCCUUUAGUGCCCCCCUGGGUUGCUCAAAAGCCCUUUGCCUCCAUCCACACCUGACUCAGUCUCAGUCACCUUCAUGGCUUAUGUUUUACUGUCGGGGGUUUUACUGGCAGCCUCUUUUCUCGGCGGUUGGUCAGAGCGAAGGGAAGGGAAAGGAAAGGGGCCUCCAGCCAGCUCGGCUUUGGGAGAGGAAGGAGCUGCCUGUGCUCUCCAGUCCCUGCUUGAGGGGAAGCCACAAGCCAGGAACACGCUACCCCACAGGUAUCCAGCUGAAGCAAGAGCUUCUCCCUUCGUGUUUCGCUGCCAUUCCGUUAAAAAUCCCUGUGGGAAAGCGGAGCAGCCCCGGAGCUGCGGCAGCGUCGCUCCAGGGCGGCUCAUCCCUGCCAGCAGCCGGGAUGGGCUGCCUUUCCUUCCUCGAAAGGCUCUUGGUUUUCUCUAAAUGAUGGGGCAGGAGUCCAGCUGGGGCUGUGAGGUACCGCGAGGAUAAGCUGGGAAGAGCUUGGAAGCGCCUUAAAUGCUCUGGAAGUAGGGAUGGAAAUCUCAAAAGAUCAGACGCCUUUCGGCGAUUUCCAGAGCUACACGGCUUUAGCCAGACCUGAAAACCCUUCCUAGAAGUUUUAUUUCAGGGUAUUUUGAUCUGUUACUUUCGCUUUUGGGCUUAGCUAAAUCCAGGAAACUCGGAAUGGUGUAAUUCUUGAAUGAAGACUAAACACACCCCAAGCGUUAUUGAACCGAUCAGGAAAGUUUCUGUUUGGUUUAUCUUACAGGAAUAAUUCAGGCCAGCUCAGAUUCAGUCUGGUUUUACCCCAGAUAAUUAUUACUUUUGAGAAAAUAAGAGAGCAGACCAUGGUCUUUCCAAAAGGCUGUGACCCAUCAAACAGUGCCAGAAGGUGGAUGGAGAUAAGUGCUGCAGGGAGAGGGGGCCAAUGUCUGAGGGCUGGAAGGAGCAGCCUGGCUGCAGGAAUGUCCAUGGCCUCCAAAAACACACAGAGAGACAGCUUCCCCAGAGGUUGUGUGAUGGAGGUAUCGGGGUCUGCCACGUCUCGGGUUUUUUCCCUCUAGGAAAGAACAUUCAGCCAUCUCGGAGUGUCCUGGAACAAUAUCCAAAAGCCUUCAGUGUUUCUCAGCUCAGUCCUGUGGGGUUUUUUUUCAGGAUGGAUGCUGUGAAAAGCCAGGAAGGGCCAGGUGUCCUUGAUUUACGCAGCCAGAGUGGAGAGAUGUAGAUUAAGUGCCUCAUGAGAGCCAAAAAGGUGUGUUUGAAGAUGAAUUACAGUCUCUGUCGUAGCCGCUCAGCCAGGAUCAAAUUUUCCCAUGUACAGGUGCAGCUGCAGAGCUCUCCGUCCAUGUUUAGCCCAAAUUUAGUCAUGAGUCUUGCAUAUAAACACCCACAGCACGGACUGUGCCUUCUGGGGGGCUUCUGGCAGGUUGGGGUUCAAAACAGAGUAUCACCAAAACCAGGAUUUGACUCCAGAUAUUCCCUUUAUAAUCUGUGUGUAAAGUGAAUUUCCAGAGCUCGGCCACUGUGACUCGAGCAGUUUGUGCUUGGUGAGAGUUGUCCCUGGGCCAGGGGAAACAGUCACAACAUACCAGAUAGUUGGGAUUUUGCAUUUAUUUUUUAAUAGCAGUACAUCAAGGGGAAGCUGCUAAAUGUAGUUUCUUGUAAGCUGGAAAUGAGUUGCAGUAAAACUUGUAAAAACCCAAACCUCUAAAAACGUCCAAAAUUUUCAAUUUAAGGAAUUACAGUUUUAUUGGCAAAGAUCCAUGUUUAGCAUCAAUGUAUGGAAUUUCUAGAGUUUCUGUCUUGAGGUGUGAAAUCUGCUUUUUCUCGAGAUGGUGGGAAAUUUGUAACAAGGGUAUUUCUACAUAAUUUUGGCUAGAAAAAAAACCCAAAAUAUGAGCACAAUGGAAAAGCAACCACUGCCCAGUGGUCUCUGGUAUUGAAGAGGGCACAGGGAAAGCACCUGUGUGUUCUGAACAUGUUAGAAAGGAGAACACUUUCCAACCUGCUGUAAUGCAAGUCCUUAUUUGACUUUAUUUUUAGGAUUUUUUUUACAGUACCAUCAUUUGUUUUCUAACUGUGAAAGUCUCUGCUUUUCCUUACAUGUGGAAGGCUGAUUUUUCUUUCUCAUGUUCUUAGUAUUUAUUAUUUAUCCAUUUCUGGUACUAUCCAAGAGGUGCUGAAGGUGUCUCCCAGCCUGCCCUUGAGCCAUAUGGAAUCCCUGUAGUAUCUCCUAACAGCUGGGAUGGCAGUAAUGGCUAAUUAUUAUUUCAAAUUAUAUUUGUAGCAAUUUAGAUUUAUUUUUUUUUUUAGCGCCCUGGUUUGCUCUAGAAUUAGAGAUGGGGAUAAGGAGUCUUUUUAAAAAAAAUGUAUUUUAAACAUCUUGGAGGCUUCUGGAGAAACCUGCUCACUUUAGUUCUUAGUAGGAGAAGCACCAGUUGGGUGCACCAGUUGAGAGGGGAUUGACUCACACCAGGGUUCAGUUUAGCUGGUGAAAUGCUCUGUGUCACAUCACUAACCAAAAUCACACUGGAAUUCUGAGAAAACAAUCAUUUUCCACCUGAAAAUUAAAGUCUGGUUUGUGAAGUGCUUGGUUCAUCCAAGUCCCACACCAGGCUUUUCUCUGUCGAGUUUGCCUUCAGCCCUGGAGAGGGGGGCUCAGGUGGCCAGGAUUGCUUCGAGGCAGGGCUGGGAGUCACCCAGGCACCCUCUGGCCAAGUGUCAGCUCUGGGAUGGAGGACACAAAUCCUACAGAAAUGAUGGAGCAACUACUGAGCAGCUUCUUGCUCUGCAAGAGACGUCUAGGGGAAAUCCUGUGUGAGUGUGACCUGGCUGAGAGAAGCAGGACUGGGGGCUCAAAACCAUCACUUCUUGUUCUUUUUAUCCCCCUUCUCCCCUCUGAAAGGUGCUCUGCUGCUUCAGAAGCCUCCUCAGCCUUUCUGAUAAAGAAUAGUAGAAUCACAGAACCACAGAAUCGUUUAGGUUGGAAAAGACCUUUCAGAUCAUCGAGUCCGGCCACAAACUCAGCACUGCCAAGGCCACCACUAAACCAUGUCCCCAAGUGCCACAUCUACAUGUUUUUUAAAUCCCUCUGGGGACAGUGACUCAACCCCUUCCCUGGGCAGCCUGGACGCUGUGGUGCAUCUGUUUUCAGACAGCUUGCAUUGGUUUUCUGGUUUGUUUUUUCUUCCCCCUGUGUAUAAGAAACGUUGGGUAGCAGAAUGUGGAAUUCAUUAGAAGUUCAUAAAGCAGGGACCUCAGAAGGAUGUGGGUAUAAAUGCUUUUCAGGCAUCCGAGGUGAACUUUAAAUGGAGCUUUGGCCCUCAUUUGCUUUCUGCUUUUCAAAAACCAUUUAUGAGAAAGUGGAGCUGUCAAAGCCAUGCAUGAACUUUGCCUUCUUGCAAAUAACUUGUCUCAAAGUAAAUUGUCAAAAUGCACAAGAAACUUGUCUCAAAGUAAAUCCAGUAGCUCUACAAAGCUGGAAAAGUAUGUGCAUUAGAGAGAGAGUGUGUGUGUGUGUGUGCAUGUGGUGUGUGUAGGGGGGGUGCAGGGAGUAACUCCACCAUUUUGGAGGCUUAAAAAAAAAAACCAUAAUGCAAUUGCUUUUAAAAAAAAAGGCAACGUAAAAAUAUUUAUUUCUUGGCAGAAGUACAUCAGACCACAUCUCCCGUCCUUCUUUUAAUUGCCUCGUGUUUGUUUUUGUUGUCUUAAGUCUUUGCUGGCCCCGUUUCCUCUGCAGUGCUUGUCACUGCUCAGAGCCUGUCACCUCACACAACCCCUCUGGCAGCCAGGGAGCGCAGGGCACGGGGCCCUUCACAGCUCUGGGGCUCCUCAGGAGCAUCACUAGGGGUCACAUCGGUGGCAGGAACAGCAGAGGUGGUGUCAGAUGAGAAGGCAUCCAGUGCAUCAUGGGCGAUUUUCAGUUUUUAGCCUCGUGGAGGAAACUCCUUCCUUGUGAGACUCAAAACUGUCGUGUCCUAACGCAAACCCCGUCUCGGGGAGGGUGGGUUGGCGCAGAGAUAGCAAACUUGGAGAGUGUUAUUUAAAAGAAAUGAGGUGCUGACCUCUUUGUGAGAUGGCACACAGGGGGCUGUCAGUGCUGGGGAAGGUCUCCAGGGGCUUUGCCCAGGGUUUGGAGCAGGGCAGAGCCAGCACUGCCCCGUGCUGGGAUGGACCAUCACCCCGAGCUCCUGUCCCUGUCCUCAGCCAGGUGCAAUUUCAUCAGGCAGAUACUGCAAACUUCAGGGUCCUGCCUGUGCUCUAGAGUCCUUCAGUGGUCACCUGGCCUUCACCCCCACUCCAUCUGGCUCCAUCUCAAACCCUUCUCUUGACCUGUGUUGUCUUCAUCCAUCUCAGCUCUGUUCCUGAGGAUGAGCAGUAAUAGGAGACUGACAGUAGGACCACGUGUGUAAUGUUUGAUGGGCUUCUGCUUCAUGUUGUUGUUUCACUGAGAUGCUUUUAGGAUCCAUAUUGUACUGGAUUAAGGAUAUUGGAACAAUUGAACUGCUAUUCUUUAACCUUCACUGCCCCAGAUCCUUUCUCCCCACCUUCUUCACUUAAAAAGAAAUUAGAUUGGGAAAAUAUAUUUGACUUGGGAAAAAAAA